CUUACCUGCAGCAUCUCAACUAAAAUUUACUAAGCCACGCUAUAUAUUUUAAUAGGUUAAGGGUUAUAGUUUAAUGUGUAGCUUUUCAAAUACUACAUAUAAUUGUAGCGUUUCUUUGUUACAUAAAAUUUUCCUAUAAUACUAAGAAAAUUUAAGGAAAAUGGCUUCGAGUGAAGGCCGUGCACAGUCAAACUUGCAUCAGCAAGAUUUGUCUAAAUUGGAUGUCACAAAGCUGUCGGCUUUAUCGCCAGAAGUUAUAUCGAGACAAGCAACUAUCAAUAUUGGAACUAUUGGACAUGUAGCUCAUGGAAAAUCAACUGUAGUGAAAGCUAUUUCAGGGGUACAAACUGUCAGAUUUAAAAAUGAACUGGAAAGAAAUAUUACUAUUAAACUGGAGCGCCUGUCUGACUCAGUUAUAAGAAUGUUUCGUGCAAGAGCUGAUGAAAGAGAUGAACAUAUGUUUCAUGAAAAGAUAAGAAGAGCAAAUAAAAGAAUUUUACCUCCCGAGCCAGAUCUUACCCCGGAAAAGCCUCCAGCUAAAAAGCGUAAAAAAGAGAUACAAGAUCCAGAAGAAUUCAUCAUAGAAAGCAUCCUAGACUUUAAAUUUCAGAAUGGUCUGGAAUAUUUCUACAUUAAAUGGAAAGGAUGGCCAGAUAGUGAAAAUACAUGGGAACCUAUAGAGAAUCUUGAUAAUUGCCCUGAGAUUUUGAGAAAGUUUUUACUAGAAAAAGAGGAAACGUAUUGUGAACGCUUUGAAAAAUUAGAAAAUGAAUUGUCAUUUGACAAUUUGCUUUCAGAAGAAAAUCUCAUCACAAGAAUAGAUGAAUUUGAAUAUUUCUCCCAUUUUGAAUUGAAGGAAAAACUUAUAUUGAAGUAUCUCAUUAUGAUCUCCUUGACCACAUCGGAAGAAAGUCAUGUUACAGAUUUAGUACAGGAGACAAGAGAUACUUUACAAUUAUACGCAAUGACAAGGAAGAGAUGUUGUCAGCUUAUGGCACUAAAGCAAUGGGAGGAAUAUCUCAAUCAAGUAGAUAAAUGCAAGAAAUUAUGUGUGGAAAAUGAAGUUGAUCUGACUGGUCCUCCUGAAAAUUUUACUUAUAUCAAUGAAUCAAUUCCUGGUGCUGGAGUUGUUAUACCCAAUGAUCCUCCUAUCGGCUGUGAGUGUACAGCAUGUAACUGUCGUUCAAAUACAUGUUGUGGAAUGCAAGCUGGUUUCUUUGCAUACACACAUAAUAAGAGACUACGAGUAGCAUCUGGCACCCCAGUCUAUGAAUGUAACAAAGCAUGUAAAUGUUCCGCGGACUGCAAUAAUCGAGUUGUACAGAGAGGCAGGACUUUUAAGCUGACAAUAUUCAGAACUACCAAUGGUUGUGGCUGGGGUGUCAGAACGGAACAAAAAAUCAGACAGGGCCAAUUUCUCUGCCAAUAUAUUGGUGAAGUUAUAACUUUUGAAGAAGCUGAAAAAAGAGGGAGAGAAUAUGACGCAAAUGGGUUGACAUAUCUGUUUGAUUUAGACUUCAAUUCCGUGGAAAAUCCAUAUGUUGUUGAUGCAUGCAACUUGGGAAAUGUGUCGCAUUUUAUAAAUCACUCAUGUGAUCCAAACUUAGGUGUGUGGGCUGUAUGGGCAGAUUGCCUCGAUCCAAACCUACCAAUGUUAGCUCUAUUCGCCACACGAGAUAUAGAAGCUGGCGAAGAAAUUUGUUUUGAUUACUUACAAAAGUCGUCUGAGAGUGAAGAAGAUGUCACUAAUACUCCUCAAAAACUUGAAAACGGUAAUGUUGAUGUAGAACAGAAUGUUCCAAGUCCGUCGGAAGCAAACACCGCAGAUUCAGCAGUAUCUCCUAACAAAUCAAGAUUUGAAAUUCAGCAGCAAAACAGAGCAAUGUUACGAAACUUAACCGAGUGUAAAUGUGGUGCAAUUAAAUGUAGAAAAUAUUUGUUUUAAUUUACUGAAACUAGAAUAUUAGUCAUAAAAUGCAUGAAAUGGGAUUAUGGCUGUUCUGUUGGGAAAUGAAAUAGAUUUAAAGGUUAUGAUUGCUCUUAUACAGUAUUAAUUGAAUAUUUUUACAUUCUAAACAUAUACAUAAAUCCUCAUGUUAUUUCCUCUGAAUGUUAUUGUUUUGGAAAUUUUCAUUUUUAUUGUUUGAUCAUGAAUUCAUAUUUUAAUCUCUCCCCAUGAAUUGUUUUUCAACUUUAGUUUAAAAUAACUCAAACAAUGUUUCAAAAAUCACAGAAUCUCAUAAAUCCUAAACAUACUUAUCAAGUUAUGAUAAGUUUAAACAAGUUACAUAUUUUGUAUCUCAAGUGACCAAAAUGUUAUACAUGUAAAUUUUGUACAAUUUAUAUAUGAAUAUGAUUAUAUGACUACAAUAAACCACAAUUCUAAUAGGUAAACUAACAAUGUAAUGUUAUGUAAUUCUACAUAAAUAUAAUAUACGUAUAUAUAUUAUGUAUAUUAAUAUUUUAAAUAGUUGUUAGAUUUAUAUCAAAAUUCAUAGUUUAAUAUGUAUUUGUGUUUUAAAAAAUAUAAGCAUUUAUUUAGUCUUUAAUUUGAGUAGGAACAAAUUUAGAAUGUAAUAAAAAGAAUAAUAAAUUUAUAGUGUAAGAGCUUGUAUAGUGCCUUAGAAAAUUAGGUUUAGGUAUAAGUUAUUUUUAAAUGUAUGUUUAGUAUGAUGACCUUUACAUUUACAACAGUAAAGUACAUUAUAAUUUUGGAAAUAUUUUUUGAAAUAAAUGCGCUAUUUUAAA